GGCACUACAGAAUAAUCAAUUACAUUUCUACUUUGGAAUAUCGAUACCGAAUAAUGAAACCAGCAAGUGAAACGAAAGUUCUUGCCUCCAAAACCUCCAUUUCAGAGCCGGAAUCUACGGAAAAAGGGAUCUUGAGUGAGACUGAAAUUAAUGUCACGACAGAAUUACCAUUUCAAGAUACAGUAAAAAAGGAUAUUCGAAAUAUAUCGGAGAAAGUAAAAAACGAAAUUCACGUCAAAGCGGAAUUACCACUUCAAGAUACAAUAAAAAAGUAUUUAGAUGUUAAAGACACAUCGGUGAAAUCAAAAAAAGAAAGCAUACAAAAUAAAAAUUAUUUUUACAAAAAAGAUAAGGCAGUUCAAACAAGUAGAGAAGAGUUGAUUCGAAUUGAUAUAGAAGAUUUAACAUCUGAAGCUGGUCCAAGCGAGAAUUAUUGGCAAGUAUUAGCAGAAAGACGACGAAUAGCACUUGAUGAAGCACUAGAUGAAAAUAAAGCAUUACACGAACGCAUAGUAACAUUGCAGGAAGAAAAUCGUUUGUGUAACGAAAUGUUGAAUGAAACACGGACAUUAGUUGAAGUAUUACAAGAGAUGAUUGGAGAUGAUGAUAGCAACGGCAUACACAAUUCAUUAGAAGAUAGUGCUCUUUAAUUUUAUGUUAGAUUUUCAAGCGUGAUCCAAAUAUUAUUUUUAUACAUUAACUUAAUAUUAAAUAAAACUUUAAAAAGAAACUAAAGAUUAUUAAACAAAUUUGAAUAUACGUUAUGUUUAGAGUUUAAUGGUUUAAGUUUUUGCGGAAUGCGCCACUCAGGCGCCAUGGCGAUUCGCGCCGCAGGUUGGAUGUCGACUGAGCGGCGACAAUCAGUGUUUAUGUUAGAUUUCAUUAUUUCCAAGCGAUAGGAAGGCAGUAUUGGUUCUUGAAAAGGUUCCUUAGCUAUUGAUAUUCUUUCGUAUAAAAUGUCAAAUCACACAUUUUAACGGGGAUAAGAAAAAAUUAGAAAAAGGUCUUUCUAAGACGGCGGCUCUGAAAAUAUCUCUGGCCUCGGUUGAGACUCGACGAUCGUGGCAAAAGUAUCUGCAAAAUUUUUACAGUGUGGUUUUGUUCGAACCCCGAGAAAAAUGGAUAUCAAAAGUGAAAUCAGUUCUAGCGACGAUGAAUUCUGUUUUGAAAUAGUCCAGGACGAAAUCGAUCACAUACAUAACAAAACUAGUGAUAAAGAAUGCGAAAGUAGUGAUGAAGAUGAUGAAGUUGUAUUGGAUGUAAGGAAUCGAAGGAUCAGAAUGACAGACAGUGAUUCCGAAAGUGACAGUGACGCCCCACAACCCUCUGAUCAAUCGGAAUGGACACCUUGUGACGAAUCAAUGGAAAUACCACCUAGGAUAAAAUUCAUUCCCGGUGAAAGACCUGCAGGGCCACGGGUAUCCUCAAAUGUUGUAGAGCCUCUAGAUUUUUUCAAGUUGUUUUUUACCGAUAAGCUGGUGGAUCAGAUAGUAGCAGAUACGAAUCGCUAUGCUUCAAGAAAGUUAGAAGAAAUGGUGCUGUCGUCACGAUCAAUUUGGCGCACGUGGUAUAAUGUUACAAAAGCAGAAUUUUGGGCGUUUAUCGCAGUUAUAGUAAAUAUGGGGACAAUGACAGCGGCCAAUAUAAAAGAAUAUUGGUCAACAGACGCUACAAGCUACAUUCCAUUUUACCCGAAUACAUUUUCAAGAGAUCGGUUUACCCAAAUUUUUUGGAUGCUACAUACAGAGAUAGUUUCAGCGCAAGGUAGCUACACCAGAACACGUUUACAACUAAUAAAUGGCUACCUUGAUUACAUAAAUUCAAGUCUUUUGAACUAUUUCACACCGGGCAAAGAGAUUUGUGUCAAUGAGUCUAUUGUAAAAUCCAAAGGACGGGUCUCAUUUACUACAUAUAACUCAAAGAAACCGACCAAAUGGGGUAUCAACAUUUACAUACUGACAGAUUCUGGUACGGGAUAUAUUUGUGAAAUUCUACCGUACUAUGGCAGUCUGACAACACAAUUAUUAAUAAGACCGGACCUUCCAGUAUCAACAAGAAUUCCAUUGCAUUUAUACACAAUGCUAUUGAAUAGAGUUCCUGGUGCACAGGGACAUCAUAUGUUUACUGACCGGUAUUACACUAGCUACAUUUUGGCGAAUGAAUUACUUAAACUGAAGUGUCAUUUGACUGGGAUCUUGCCUAAUAGAAAAGGGUUGCCAGAUGUGAUUAAAAAAAAACAACUUCCUAAAGGAAAACCGAUGGUAGCCUACCGCAGAAUUGAUAAUUUGGUUCUAGCGUGGAAAGAUAAGAGAAUUGUUACUGUAUUGACAAAUUUUCAUAAUGCGGCAAUGAGUGACGUAGAAAGAACACUCCGGCAUGGUGUUCAAACAGUUGUUAGAAAGCCCGAUGUUGUCAUUAAUUACCUAAAAUCCAUGGGCGGCAUUGACCUGGCCGAUCAGUAUGCCUCCACAUACUGCUUUAUGCGAAAACCAUC